AAUUUCAACAGCAGGAAAAAUAGCGGUAAAUUACGAACGUAUUAUAAUCUACCAAUAAUAACAGCAACAAUAACAACAGCAACAACAACAACAGCAACAGCAACAACAACAACAACAAUAACAACAACAACAACAACAAUAACAACAACAGUAGAAACAAAUUUGGUUAUGAGAACAUCAGAAGAAAGAACAACAAAUGCAACA